CUUCCACACUUCGAUUUUUUUUCUUCUCUGAAUAAUCAUGGUCCAGUCUCUUGAUCAGCGAUGCGUUAACACUGUCCGUUGUUUGGCGGCUGAUGUCGUCCGCGGUGCCAACUCUGGUCAUCCCGGUGCUCCCAUGGGUUGUGCUCCUAUGGCUCACGUCUUGUUCAGCAAGUUCAUCACCGUGAACCCCAAGAACCCCAAGUUCAUCAACCGCGAUCGUUUCGUUCUUUCCAACGGCCACGGUUGUGCCUUGCAGUACAUUUACUUGCACCUUUUGGGCUAUGAUGUAUCCAUGGAAGAUCUCAAGGCUUUCCGCAAGAUUGGUAGCAAGACUCCUGGUCAUCCUGAAAUCACUGAUACUCCCGGUAUCGAAGUGACCACUGGUCCUCUUGGCCAAGGUAUCUCCAAUGCUGUUGGUUUGGCUGCUGCUGAAGCUCAAUAUGCCGCUACCUUCAACAAGCCUGGCUUUGAACUGUUCAACAACUACACCUAUGUUAUCCUUGGUGAUGGUUGUCUUCAGGAAGGUGUUGCUUCCGAAGCUGCUUCCCUUGCUGGUCACUGGAAGCUCGGCAAGUUGAUUGCCCUUUACGACGACAACAACAUCACCAUUGACGGUGAUAUCGCUGUCUCCUUCACCGAAGAUGUUAUCAAGCGUUUCGAAUCCUAUGGCUGGCACACCUUGAUUGUUGGCGAUGGUGACAACGACAUUGCUGGCAUUGAAAAGGCCGUUGAGGAAGCCAAGAAGGUCACUGACAAGCCUACUUUGAUCAAGAUCAAGACCACCAUUGGUUACGGUUCCUUGUUGCAGGGUGAAGAAAAGGUCCACGGUUCUCCCUUGUCACCCGAUGACAUCAAACAGGUCAAGGAGAAGUUCGGUUUCAACCCCGACGAGCAAUACGUUGUUCCUAAAGAGGUUUACGAUUUCUAUGGUGCCCGUACCCAGCAUGGUAUCCAGGCUGAAGCCGCAUGGAACGAACUGUUUGCCAAGUACAAGCAAGAAUUCCCUACUGAAGCUGCUGAACUCGAACGUCGUUUCGCUGGCAAGUUGCCCGAAGGCUGGGAAAAGGUGUUGCCUCGUUUCACUCCUGCUGAUGCCAAGGUUGCCACCCGCAAGUUGUCCGAGGGUGUCUUGACCGCUAUUGCCGAAGUCCUUCCCGAAUUGAUUGGUGGUUCCGCUGAUUUGACCGGUUCCAACUUGACUCGCUGGAAGAAGGCCGUUGAUUUCCAACAUCCUUCCACUGGUCUUGGUGACUACACUGGUCGCUACAUGCGCUAUGGUGUCCGUGAACACGCCAUGUUCUCCAUCAUGAACGGUUUGGCUGCCUACGGUGGUAUCAUUCCCUUCGGUGGUACCUUCUUGAACUUCCUUACCUACGGUUGGGGUGCUGCCCGUCUUUCGGCUCUCAGCCACCUUCCUGUCCUCUAUGUCAUGACCCACGAUUCCAUUGGUCUCGGUGAGGACGGUCCUACCCAUCAACCCGUUGAAACCCUCACUUUGACCCGUGCUACUCCCAACAUGCUCACUUUCCGUCCUGCUGAUGGUAACGAGACCUCCGGUACUUACCUUGUGGCUCUUGAGAACCUUCACCGUCCUUCCAUCAUCGCUUUGUCUCGUCAGAACCUGCCUCAAUUGGAAGGUUCUUCCAUUGAAGCUGUCCGCAAGGGUGCUUACGUUCUCCAGGAUGCUAAGGAUGCCAAGGUCGCUUUCGUUGCCACAGGUUCUGAAGUGGAAAUCGCUGUCAAUGCUGCCAAGGUUUUGAAUGAACAGGGUAUUCCUACCCGCGUUGUUUCCAUGCCUUGCUCUGAAAUCUUUGAUGAGCAGCCUGAGGAAUACAAGAAGUCCGUCUUCCCUGCCGGUCUUCCUGUCGUCUCGGUUGAAGCCCUUGGUGUCUGGGGAUGGGAACGUUAUGCUCAUGCUCACAUCGGUAUGAGAUCGUUCGGUGCCUCCGGUCCUAUUGCUGAUGUUUACAAGAAAUUCGGCAUCACCUCCGAAGCCGCUGUUGAGAAGGCUAAGAAGGUCGUUGCUCACUUUGAAAAGGUUGGCUACGUCCCUGAACUCGGUCUUGACCUGUAAACGUCUCUCCAUUACCCGUCAUCCUAUGAUACAAUCGGUCCACCGUCUGGCAUCUGCUGAAACUUGGACAUUUUGAUUAGAAAGCCAAAAUCCAUUGGUUUGUUUUAGUAAUCCUUCAUCAUGGUCUUGCACCCAAAAAACCACUCUUCUAUUCUUCAUGCUGUUUCUUUUUUUUUCCCUUUAUUUCCCGCAUCCAGUAAUAGGUGUCAAGACAUGUAAUAUAUUUUAAAAAUCUCGCUUGCGAAAAC